AAAGAAAUUAACAACUCAGAAGUUGAUGAUAGGCUAGAACUUGAAUAUUCUCUUAAGGAAUUAUUAAAAAAAUACAUAGUUGAUGAUGUUGAAAAAUUACAAGAAAUUCUUUUUAAACUAUUCAUACAAAAUAGAUAUAAAUAUGAUCGAAAAUUUCACUUUGAUCUAGAUUUUGUUAAUCGUUGGUAUGAGAUGAAUAUCUGGAGUCACCUUAUUGAUCCUGCUUUCUACAAUGUAAACAUUGAUUUAAUUCGUAGUGAAGGGAUGAGUUUUGCAUCAAGUGACAGGAAAAAAGUUGAAAGAAUGACAAGUGAUAGAAAGAAGGUUGGUCGAAAAGGAGAUGGAGUUUUUAGAUUACAUAAGGAUCACUUAGAAUUCGGUGCUAUAGAAGCUGGACGUGACUGGGAAGGACAAUGUGAAUCAAAAAUUAUUGCAGAUUCAUUAAAGAUAUUAGGGAUGCUUCAGAGUAGAAAUAGAAUGCAAGUUAUCACAGCUGACUUCUCCAAGGAGUAUGUCACCCGAAUUCGAAGAAGAAAAGUCUGUGAAGUUUCAGCUCAUUUAACAAAAUCUAAACCUCUUGCACUAGUUUUAAAAGAAAUAUUUUACGUGAAAAAUAUUAUAUUGCGAACAUUUGAUAUUAUAAAUCGUAAAGAUGAUAUUGAUAUUGAAACUUUUCAUAAUAAUUCUGAUGAAGAGAAAUAUCGCACACCUCCUAGAAAGAUUAUAUCCAACAUAUUAUCACAACAGAAUAUAGAAGAAAGCUCGACAGUAUCCACACCUACUGAAGUAGCAAAAUUAAAAUGCGAUAUUUUAGAAAUCAAAUUACAAACUAGAGUUAAUACUGAUGAACAUGUUGCAUCUCCUAUUGAAGUUAUUUCACAGUCUGAUGAGAAGAAAGACAUUAAUUCUGAUCUCUUGUCUGAAGUAGAACAUAGCUCAACACAAUCUGAAUCUUUAACAGAAUCUAAAAUAUCUACAACCUCUUUACCAGAAGACAUUGACAUGCUAGCAAAUGCUGAUGACGAUUCAGCUGAGACUCUUGAAUUUGUAGAAAGGGUAUAUAAGAAAAAUGUUAGUAAUAAAAUAAAACAGAGAAACGGAAAGAAAAAACUUUUACAUGAGAUUCACCUUCAUAUGAAUGAGAAUUUAUAUGAUUCCAUAUCUCUUGCUAAUAUAACUACAAACAAUUCAAUUCAGAAAGAUAGCCGAAUUGAGAUGCAAAAAUUUAUACAAGAGUUGAGUUUGGAAUUUGACUUAGAAUCAAUUGAAGUUACUAACAGAAAUAGAGAGCAGGGUAUACUUGAUAACAUUGAAAAUGAAGCUAUUGAACUGGCCCGUAUGUAUUAA